CUCGAAGUUAAUAGUAGUUCAUCUUAUUUUUUCAAAAACAAAUUGCAUUUGCUGUUGUAGUAUGAUGUUGGCUUUGAUAGCAUGGUAGCUGAGGAUUAGGGUUUGAAUAUAAAUAAGAUGAAUAUUUCACAACUUUUAAUUUGUCAUUUUUUUAAUAAAAUAUAAUAAGGAUAACAAUAUCGUCCACAAGCUUCGGCUUCGUCUCUUUCCACUUCCCUCAAUCCUCGAACCCUUUCACCGUUGAGAAAGGGCGAAAGUCACAGAUAACCACAAUCCAUGGCCGCAUCAUCUUCCUUCUGCUUCCUGAGGCUGUCUCCUUUCUCUCCGCCUCCCUUCCGCUUCGCCAAUGGCUUCCGCCUCUCACAGUCUACUCCCGCCAUCUCCCUUCAGCGCAGGCUCAGCUCCUUCGCCGCCGUUUCCGGUUCCCCUCUUCUACUCCAAGCAGGGCCCUUUCCGGCGACUUACGCUUCCUCAUCCGGUAGGCCUGCAGCAUUCGCCGUUUUCGCCGCCAAGGGCUAUAAGAUGAAGACCCACAAGGCUUCGGCGAAGAGAUUUCGGGUGACUGGAAGAGGGAAGAUUGUGAGGAGAAGGGCCGGGAAGCAGCACUUGCUGCGGAAGAAGAACACCAAGAGGAAGCUUCGACUUUCCAAAAUGCAUCCAGUUAACAGAAGCGACUACGACAAUGUGAUCGGUGCGCUGCCAUACCUCAAAGUGAACCGAAAGGCAACUUGAGUUUGUUCUUCUCCUGUACCUUUUGCUCUAUUUUGUCGAUCAUCCAUGCUUUAUGCUCAUGCACAAUGUAACUUGAGCUGCUCAUUGAUCAUUUCAAAAGUUUAAUCAUGUUAAAACUGUAUUGUAGAGUAAUUUAUAAUCAAUCUCAUGCAAUUUCUCAUGUUAUCAAA